UCGAACAAAAUUAGAGUGGAGAUCAUCUUAUCAAGCCCGUCCAUACAUUUCUAAUUUUCUUGCACAAUAAUCAUGAGUACUGGUAUUGAUCGUGUAUCCCGUUUUCAGGUGUUUAUGAGUUUCAGAGGCCCAGACGUGCGUAAAGGUUUUGUUAGCCAUCUCCAUCGCGAGCUUUCUGGAAAGGGCAUACAAAUUUUUUUAGAUGACAAGAAGGUGGAGGAGGAGAAAGAUAGAGGGAGGCAGGUUUCACCUUCCCUUCUCCAUGCAAUUUCAGAGUCUAAAGUCGCAGUAGUUGUGUUAUCUAAGUACUACGCUGCUUCGGUAUGGUGCCUGGACGAGCUAGUCAAUAUUAUGAGUCAUGCUCGAAAUAAAUUGACUGCCGUGGUACCUGUCUUCUACGAGGUAGAUUCUUCUGAUGUUAGACACCAGAGAGGCAGAUUCGGGGAGGAAUUUAAGAGACAUGAUCAAGAGAAUCCACAGACGUUGGAGAGAUGGAGAGAGGCUUUGAGCAACUUGACCAACAAACCUGGCUUCUCCUCUCAUGAUUCGGAGGAUGACUCGAAGCUGGUUCGCGAAAUUACGCGUCACGUGUCUGGUUUGUUGUCUGAAUCUCCUCUUCAGAAGGAGUUGCUUCCAGGAAAAUCUGUUGUAGAAAACUUGUCAACUGCAAAGAAAACUUCUUCAGGUCGGCGGCUAGUCUCUAAUUCCGACAAGCUUAUGGCAAUCAUAUCUGACUCAUCCAAUAGCAUAGUUAACAGGGAUCGUCUCAAAGAACUGAUGCAUAAGCUCUUGGAAUUACAUUCUACUAGAGAAACUAGAGUGGUUGGCAUUUCAGGGGUCAGAGGAAUUGGCAAAACUACUAUUGCCAGGUUUAUUCACCAGAAGUUGUCCCCAGCUUUUCAAAGUCACUGCUUUCUUGACACCUCAGAGACUCUGGGAAUUGGGAAAACAAGUAUUCUGAGCAGCCUUUACCAGAAUUCAUUUCAAGAUCAUUACUUACUUAAGACUUCGAAGAACAUUCACGAUCAAGGCAUCGUCAGCCGUGCUUCCUCAUCAUCAGGCUCAAUGGAAAAGCUUCCUUCUCCAAGAGGUCUGAAACGAAAAGCAUUACAGACGAGUUCCGACUUGGGCUCUGAUGAUAAAAGGACAUUGUUUGGGCACCAAAAAAGAGCUCUGGUCAUAGUUGAUAACGUUGAGAAUAGCAAACAGUUAAAGGAGAUCAUGAAGGAUGUGAGUUGGCUUGGUCCAGGAAGUAGAGUUAUUAUAACCACACAAGACAAGAAUUUACUUUUAGCUUGUGGAGUUGAACAUGUCUACGAAGUGGAUUAUCUGAGAUAUGAUGAAGCUCUUGAGCUCUUCAGCCAAUGUGCAUUCAAGAAACAGUAUCCACCUGCAAAUUUUGAAGAGCUCUCAGUCCGUGCAGUCAAGCUAACCGGCUGUCUUCCUUUGGGCCUUAAGCUACUCGGCUCUUUUCUAUGUGGCAAAACCAAAGAGGACUGGGAAAGCGAAGUGAAGAGUCUCGAAGCAAAACAAGAUAAAGCCAUUCUCCAACUAUUAAAGAUUAACGUCCAGGGCGUACCACAUGGUCGAACCAAAGGGGACAGGGAACAUGAAGUGAAGAUGCACGAGAAAAAGAAGAAUAUUAAGCCAUUGUAGAACUAUUGAAGCUUAGCCCACAAGGCAUACCCUCACACUGCAUGUUCUUCCUACCACAAUCUUUAUAUAUCCAUUAAAACAUCUUUAUCUAUAUCUAUAUUGUAUGA